UUUAAGACUGCUUUUUUUUGGAGAAAAAAUAUUUUCCUUAUUCAAGCACUGCAGGUACAUAUAAAGUUAAGUAGUAUGUGGGCCUGUGCAGAGGUAGGUUUUACGUAGGAAUAUGAUUCUUAGAGUGAGUUAGGUUAAUCUACAUUACGCCGACAAGUAAGUGUUAGUAUUAAGUAAAAAGACAGUAUGAGGGUCAGUGGUAGGUUUACAGAUUUGUAACACUACCAAUGCGGACUUUCACGCAAGAGAGCUUGACUCAUUUUGACUCAAUGAAAUUUUUUUUUGAGGCCUAAUAUUUCAAGUCUUUUUUUUUUUUAAAGACAUUUUUUUGGGCAUUUUUGCCUUUAAUGGACAGGACAGGUAAGCGUGAGGGGGGAGAGAGAGAGGGGGGAUGACAUGCAGCAGAGAGCCACAGGCUGGAUUUGAACCCAGGCUGCUGCGGCAACAGCCUUGUGCAUGGGGUGCCUGCUCUACCUACUAAGCCACCGACGCCCCGUAUUUCAAGUCUUUUAAGGACGUACAGACACCAUAGCCUGGUAGGACCAGCAUGAUGUUGUGUUUCGCUCCCUGUUUCAGACGAUCAGAGGGCCCCGAUUAGAUUUUAAUUGCUGGAAAGUAUUUGGGGCGGCAUCAAGUCCAGAGUGACACAGAGAGCGAAACAGAAUGUUGAGCUCACGUCAUCAGGAUGGUCUUACCAGGAUACACAGACCGUGCUUUAAUCACUGAGGUUAAGAUGCUUUUGUUGUGAAACUUCAUAUGAUAUAAAAAUGAAUGAACAUGAACCAAACACAAAACUUAAAUCUCAAUCUUAGGCUGUCUGUCAGCUGAUUAUAAUUACCACUCCAAAUCAAAUUAGACGUUUAAGGAGGAGACACUGAGUGCCCAAGUAACGUGGGAUUCAAGACAAGACAGAAGACAAGAAGAAGAGUGAUAUAUGGAGGAACAAACUCAAGGGUGACCUAAGGACGCUGACAAUUCAAACUACAUUUGAGGAGGUGCAUCUUUGCGACUUCAAAGACGAAGACAAAUUUAAUUUAGGAAUGACACUGUGGGACGUAACGGAUCAGCAGUUAGUUUGAUAAGAGAGCUGUAACGUCCCACGAGAGGAUUAUUUGGACGUGCCUGAAUAGUUAACCAAAACAAUUUUAGGACUUCUUACAGGCAGCGUCAUGUCUCCUUCACAACUUGGGAUUGUCCUCCUGUGUUGUCUACCUUUGGCAGCAUGUUUGCGCUGUUACACCUGUUUGUUUCCAGCCAUCUCUCCUAUGGACUGCUUUAAGUUUCCUCAGGAGUGUCCAGCUGGACAGCGCUGCCUGUCCAGUACUGCAACUGGGAGACGGGGCGCUCUACAAGUGACGAUGUACGAGAAGAGCUGUGCCGUACCGUCCCAGUGUGGUGUGAGUGGACAGAAAUACGCCUCAGGGCUCUACUUCAAUUACACCAACAUCUGCUGUGACACAGACCUGUGUAACGGGGCCGGGUCCUUUGCUGCCCUCAGCUGGGGAGGAGCAGCUCUCUGCCUGCUGCCUGCGCUCUCUCUGCUGCUGGCCUGAACAGCAGAGGUGGUGGGGGGGGGCGGAGGUUUGGAUGGGUUUCAGAGGUUAAAAUCAGAUUUUUUUCUACCCAUAGUAUCUACGUAUCUCCUUAAAAAUAACAAAAAUAAAUCAAUGACUAAACAUAUAAAAAUAAAUAGUUGACAGCUGUGUGACGUGAUGUACAAAAACAAUCUGUAAAUACUAAAAUACACUGUCAGUAAAAUAAGAAACCAGUACCAAAAUAUACAAUAUUGACAAAAAUUCUCACCUCAAGGUCCACUGAGUGGCUGUUCUGGAGCUUUCAAUCAUGUAUCUACUCAGUUUUGUGUUUCAGUCACAUUUAAAAAGACUUCUGGGCCCUUUGAUGACUUCUGUUCCAUUAAAAAGUUGGUUUAUAGUUCAUUCUUGACUUUGGAAACAGCAACUCACAAAACAAUCUCACCUCGAGGUCCUUUUAGUUGCUGCUCUAGAGCUUUUAGUCAUAAAGCAUGAUCUUCUUCAACAAAUUGAUACCUGUUGAAGACUGGUCAGCAAAGUUAUUACAGGUAACUAAGACUAAAGUAAAAACUACAACUAGAUGUGAAAAACAUUUUAUCGAACUGAAACAAAAAUAAAAAAAAUUAUAUUGAACUUAUAUUGAAACUAUUUCCAACAACAAAAUAUAAACUGAAACAAGAAAACUCACUCUGGAAACUAAAAAUACAAAAUUAUAAUAACACUGCUUCUCUGCCCAUGUUGUUUUGAAAGUUUAAGUUCAAGUGGUAAUUUCUGAUACAAUUAGGAAACAGAAGAUUUACAGGUGAAGAUCAUGUAUGACAGAAAGCUCCAGAACAGCUACGAAAUUGAAGUGACACCAGUUUGUCAACUUCUGUCUCCAAAAUCAGUAAUGAACUUUGAAUUUUUACACCAACAUGGACAAGAAGUCCUUAAAAAUCAGAUAUACAGUAUAAACAUCCACAUCUGAAUGUCGAAUGAGUGAAAGCUCCAGAAGAGAUACUAAAUGGACCUUGAGCUGUGAAUGUUUUGUUAACAGCUUUGAAACCAGAAUACAUCGUUUUGUUUUAGCUAUGUAUUAGUGUAUCUGGGAAUGACAUUAUGACGACCCAGUGAUGAAACUAAUAAACUUUAAUACACUACACCUUUUUUCUGCACUAACGUGUAUUUGCUGUGAAUGUAAAUGUAUUAUUUUUUAAUCAAUUCUGCUUUCAAUCAUCAAAUAAAACAUUUUGUUGUUUGCAUGUUUUUGUACACCUUCCUC